CUACUGCGCACUUCCGGUUCGAAACAAGACGAAAGCUCACUGAUUGAACUGAAGAACGAAAGCAGCGGUUUUGGUUUUGUGGCGCCCCUAACAUUUAAAAGACUCAAUUUCACCGAUUAGACAGAAUUUUACCAAUUUUUAACAUUUGGACGCAAAUAAUCGAACAUGUCAAAGGGAACCAGCAUCAAAGAAGCUUUAUCAAAAUGGGAAGAAAAAAAUUCUGAAAAAGCGGCUGAAGCCAAAGAAGUGAAGUUAUAUCAGAUGUUACCUCCAAUAGAAAAGAUGGAUGCUUCAUUAUCUACUUUAACAGUUUGCGAAAAACUUUCACUCUCAACAAACUGUAUCGAAAAGAUUGCCAACCUGAAUGGACUAAAAAACCUCAAAAUUUUAUCACUUGGAAGAAACAACAUUAAGAACUUAAAUGGUUUGGAAGCAGUAGGUGAUUCACUAGAAGAAUUAUGGAUCUCCUACAAUUCUAUUGAGAAGUUAAAAGGAAUUCAUGUUUUAAAGAAACUCAAGGUACUUCUUAUGAGCAACAACCAAGUAAAAGAUUGGGGCGAAUUCAACAAACUACAGGAGCUACCAGUGCUCAUGGAACUUGUAUUUGUUGGCAAUCCUUUAGAAGAAAAACAUUCGGCAGAGGGAGACUGGCAAGACAGAGUAACAAAGUCACUCAAAGCCUUAAAAAAACUAGAUGGGACCCCAAUUAUCAAGAACGAUGAAGAAGAGGAAGAUUAAGUCAAUAUAUAAGAAAUAUUUGACGAAAUAAUUUCAAGGUUUAUUUAUUAAACCGCAUUUUCUGUUGGUUAUUUUUAAUCUGAUGAGUGUUUUUGUUGAUUUUAAUGUUUUGUUUUCUGAACCACUGUAUUGGAUUAUCCAUUAUUCUGUAACUUUUGUUAUUACUUUUUAAUAAAUGCA